AUGGAAAGUAAAGUUUCACACGCGAUGUGCGCAACGGGAGUGCGGGGUGAAUCCCUUUUCCCUUACUAUUUCUUCUUAAAAAUAGUGCGGUGGCGUUUGUCUCGUUUAAAUCGGGGUUUAUUGCGGCCCCAAGGCCAGCAAAGUUACAAUCUAAUGCCAGGGUCAUUGGGCAAAGUUGGCCCAAACAUUUCUGACGAACGGGCCCGUUCACCCACCGCGGCGGUUACCAUCCACCGCAAGGCUGGUAACAGACGCCUCCAUGUACGAAUUGGGGGCUUUGUCAUUCAGGGAUUCAGGGGAAGUGCUGGCCGCAGGCGGUGUGUGGGAGCAUUCGCACCUCACAUGAUAUCGGAAGCAAAGAUGCGUGCAGUUAAUCUCGCUUUUCUUGGUUUUAAAACGCAACGUGACAGCCCUUUCGAUAUUCGCAAGCGCAGAGCAACGGCGAUGAUGUACAUUAUGCAAGAACGAAACACAUAUUCACCAGCGUUAGUGGCGGAAGCCGGUGCCAUAGAGAGUUUUGCGCUCACAUGA